AUGAAAACAGUCCGCCUCAGAGAGGUAUGCGAAGUCAACGGUCGCACCUUUACAAGGAAGAAAGGCGAACAGGAAUGGAAGGCGCACAAGCUAGAUCUCACUGGCUCGAAGCCACCGUCCCCUCCACCCCCGAUCUAUUUAUCUCUCAUCCACUAUCUCCAAGGCGAAGGGGAGCCUCUGCACUGGUCUCUAUUUUUCGCUCGCGAACACGUACCAGGCUAUGAGUAUCAGGUCAAGGGGGACGCAGAACAUAUGACGUACGAGCCUUCGGAAGGCAAGGUCAAUGCUGUGAAUGCCGAUAACUUCUUCACCAACUAUCAUCUGGCCACCAUGACCGUCCAACAAGAAUGCGUAGUGAGACAAGUCGCUGAAGAGGAAGCUACUCCUCGAGCCGCUAAUCGACAAUCUGUCACGGAGAAUUGUCAAGGGUGGAGUGUACGUUUUAUCGCUAGGUCCGUCACAAUGGGGAUUAUUCCAGAGGCCAGACUGGAAAUGGCAAGAUGUAUGUUGCAGUCGGUUUGA